AUGUCAGGCCGCGGAAAGGCGAGGAAGCCCGCGGGAGGGAAGAAGCACACAAAGUCGUCUAGGGCUGGAUUAGUUAUGCCAGUUGGGCGUGUGCACCGUUAUCUGAAGCUCGGUAGAUACGCUCGGAGAACGUCGACUGCCGCUUCGGUCUAUCUGUCAGCUGUGAUUGAGUAUCUUGUUGCGGAAGUUAACGAACUGUCUGGAAAUGCAGCCAAAGCAAACAAACGAAAGACUAUCACACCUCGUCACAUCAUGCUGGGUGUACGAAACGACGCCGAACUGAACGAACUCCUAAAACAUGUGCACAUAAGCCACGGAGGAGUGUUACCCUGCAUUCACCCGUCACUACUCAAGAGGAAGUCGGCGUCUGGUCAAGUACAAAACAGUACUGGGGUGGUCGUCGCCUCGUCCAGCGCCCGACAAGGCCUCUCUGGUGGAUCUGGAGCAGGUGGCAUCUCUAGCUCCUAG